AUGACGACAGAAGAGUUCCACAAAGAUGGCCUUGACAGGCAGAAGAGCGAGGAGGGCGCUCAAGUCCUGAUUGCGGAAGCUCCCGAAGCUGCCAUCGAAGAGGGAAGUUUGGAUCCUGUCUACGCAGCGAAGGCCAAAAUCCUGAACAAGGCCAUCCAAGACAUUGGAAUGGGAAAAUACCAAUGGCAGCUCUUCGUUGUUAUUGGCUUUGGUUGGGCUUCUGACAAUCUCUGGCCCAUUGUUACCUCGCUCAUCUUCACGCCAGUCAGGAAUGAGUUUCGUCCGUCGCAGCCGCCACUCCUCACCCUGAGCCAAAACAUUGGACUGCUCGCUGGUGCAGUCUUUUGGGGCUUCGGAUGCGACAUCUUCGGCCGCCGAUGGGCUUUCAAUCUUACCAUUGGUAUCACAGCAAUCUUCGGCCUUGUAGCAGCCGGAUCGCCCAGCUUUGCUGCUGUCGGUGUAUUCGCUGCGCUCUGGAGUGUUGGAGUUGGUGGCAAUCUUCCCGUCGAUUCAGCCAUCUUUCUCGAGUUCUUGCCAGGAAGCCAUCAGUAUCUGCUUACGAUUCUGAGUAUCGACUGGGCUUUAGCCCAAGUAUUUGCCAACCUCGUAGCAUGGCCACUUUUAGGGAACUUAACAUGUGCGCAAACCGAGGAGAAUUGUACUAAGAGCAAGAACAUGGGAUGGAGGUAUUUCAUGAUCGUCAUGGGAGGAGUAGCCAUGAUCAUGUUUGUCCUUCGAUUCGUUUGCUUCACAAUCUACGAGAGUCCAAAGUAUUUGAUGGGCAAGGGACAAGACGCAGAGGCUGUCAAGGUUGUCCACGAAGUGGCGCGACGCAAUGGCAAGACAUCAAGUCUCACUCUGGAAGACCUGGAGGCUUGCAACAGUCUCGCACCGGGAACGGUACCCACCCAAUCACACGCCACAGCUGCCAUUAAGAGGAAUCUCGAAAAGGUCAACACAGAGCACGUCAAGGCAUUGUUUGCUUCAAAGAAGCUUGCGUAUUCCACGACGCUAAUCACAAUCGUUUGGGCAUUCAUUGGUCUCGGCUUCCCACUCUACAACGCUUUCCUCCCGUUUAUUCAGGACAGUCGCGGUGCUGAUUUCGGCGAUGGUUCGACAUACCUCACGUAUCGAAAUUCCUUGAUCAUUGCCUCUCUGGGUGUCCCGGGAUGCUUGCUCGGAGGACUGCUUGUCGAGACACCUAAGGUUGGCCGCAAAGGUACACUCGCCGCUGCUACCAUCCUUACUGGCGUCUUUCUCUUCGGUUCAACCACCGCUUUGACUUCAGACGCUUUGCUUGGCUGGAACUGUGCCUACAAUUUCAUGUCUAACAUCAUGUACGCUGUACUCUACGCAUACACACCCGAGAUCUUCCCCACGAAGGAUCGCGGAACGGGCAAUGCAAUCACCGCAAGUGCCAACCGCAUCUUCGGCAUCAUGGCACCCAUCAUCGCCAUGUACUCGAAUCUGCAGACAAGCGCACCGGUCUAUGUCAGCGGUGCACUCUUCAUUGCCAGCGGUGUUCUCGUCCUGCUCCUGCCUUUCGAGAGCAGAGGCAAGGCCAGCAUGUAA